UAUUCCAAUAGUGAUAUGCCCCUCAGAGGUUUUUUUUCAGCCUCACCAAAGGCGUAUAUCCACAUGCCUCUAGAAUAAAACAGGACAGUCUCAUCUGCCUCGGUAGUUCCCUGGUGUAUUUCCAUUCUUUCCUUAGAGCUCUGGUUUCUCCAUUUGUUGGGAUUACUGUAACCUUUUGUGUUCAAAAUUAUCGUCCCUUGUUUGCCCCAGGUUGCUUUAAAUAGAAGGGGGAAAUGAACAGAGGAGAUUAAACAGAGGAGAUUUGCUGGAGGAACAAGCAAAGCUCAUCUCACUUCUCAGAAUUGAUUCUCUGACCCUUUUUACUGUCUGUGCCCCUUCGAAAAAUCUCAUCCAGCUUUUAUCUGAACCGUUCCACCUUUUGCAAUAGAGGAAAGCCCCUGAAGCUUUUUCCGUCCUUUUAAAAGAAUCCACCUCUGCAGCCAGACACCAAGCUUAAUUUCUGUGCUGCUGGGCUGUCUGGGCUAGGCUAUAAAACAGAGCCAAGGCAGCUCAGCUGGCUCAGAGACGAGACUGAAUUCUGCAGACUAGCGGAGGACCCGCACGCAGCCUCUGCCGGCUCCUGCGUUGUUUUUCCUGGAAUACAGAACCGACCUCGGGAGCAAGAUGUGCAAGGGACUCGCUGCACUGCCAGCCACUUGCUUAAAAAGUGCCAAAGACAUGAAGUAUCGUCUGGGCUUCUUGCUACAGAAGUCAGACUCCUGUGACUACAGCUCUUCCCAGGGCAAGAAGGAGAAAGUAUCUUCAAGCCAGAGGGUUAGCCAAGAGGAAGUCAGAAAAUGGGCAGACUCUUUGGAAAACUUGAUCCAUCAUGACAGAGGACUGGCUGCUUUCCGUGCUUUUCUCAAAUCUGAGUACAGUGAGGAAAACAUCGAGUUCUGGGUCAGUUGUGAGGACUACAAGAAAACCAAGUCACCAGCCAAGCUCAGCCCCAAGGCCAGAAAGAUCUAUGAUGAGUUCAUCUCAGUGCAGGCAACAAAAGAGGUGAACCUGGAUUCAUGCACACGGGAGAAGACGAGCCACAAUAUGUUGGAGCCUACACUGUCCUGCUUUGAUGAGGCUCAGAGAAAAAUAUUCACCCUCAUGGAAAAGGAUUCUUACCGCCGUUUCCUCAAGUCCCCCUACUACCUGGACUUGGUCAGCCCGCCUGGUGCUGGCUGUGGGCCUGAAAACUGCAAAAGAAGCCACACUCACACCUUAGACUGCAACUCUAACAUCAUCUCUCAGUGCGCCUGAACCUGCAGCAAGGCAGGAGCAGGCUGGGCUCUUGCAAGAAUAUACGGCAGCAAAAGCAUUCAUUGGCAUGAAGCAACAGAGCUGUCUCCGAUAGCUGUCUAAUGUCCCAGUUGUAUCCCAUGUCAUGCAACAGCCAGCAUUUGUAACCCAAACCAGGCUCAGUUUGUGUAGCAAACCCUCCUCUGACUCCAUUGGUGUAGGAGCCCUGGAGUCUGUGUCUGACAUGAAAGCUGGGUGCAAUCAUUGCAUGUCCGCUGUGUUUCUGGCGAGCCCUGCGAGCCCAGGGAGGCGGUGGGGGAGCACAGGCUCAGACCCAGCACUACCCACCGAGGGACCAGGCUUGCAGCGUUGCGGUGUGACACCUAGCAAGGAGCAGGGGAAAGAGGAAGCCAAGGGAAGCGUUGGGGACUGUGGUCUCCCCUUUCUAAUUGGCAAAAGCUUAAACAGAAAGGACUUUCUGUGGUCCUUAGCUGUUCACAUAGCUCCCAAAUGUCUAGGCUUUCAGUAGUAUUUGCUCAGAACUUGGGCUGUGCUGCGUUACAGUAAUCAGACGUAGGGAGAGCUCCUACUCUUUCUUGAAGGGAGACCAAAACUUUUCAGACAAACAGCCUCCCUCGAUCACCAC